AUGUUUGGAAGUACACGGGAAUCUUCAUCGAGUGUGCAAUGCGAAGAUUGCGGUCCGGCGGGAAGGCGACUCUUUGAGCGACGAAAGGGUUGGGGAGAGCGGGGUGCGAAGCGGGCGGAGGGCGGCGCGAAGCCGCGCACGCGCCCGCUGCUGGACCGCAUCGCGGCUCCGACACACGCGUUGAUACCGGCGCGCGCGAUGGACGACAAGCCGACCGCCGUCGGCGGCGAGGAGCACUAUAGUCUGCGCUGGAACAACCACCAGGCUCACCUGCUGCGCUCGUUCGAGGCCUUGCUGCACGCCGAGAACCUGGUGGAUGUGACACUGGUGUGCGCCGAGCGCCGCGUUCGUGCACAUAAGGUGCUUCUCGGUGCCUGCAGUCCUCUAUUUCGUAGGAUAUUUAGCGAGAACCCAUGCAGGCACCCUGUGAUCGUAUUAAAGGACUUCCAAGGAUGGGAAGUGCAGGCGGUGGUGGACUUUAUGUAUCGUGGCGAGGUGUCAGUCGCACAGGAGCAGCUCGGAACAGUGAUACGAGCAGGAGAAUCUCUACAAGUGCGCGGUCUUGCAGACCAGGACCGUGAAGAACACGUGAGAUCUCCACCACCAACACCACUGGCGAGGAGCCCAGUGCAGACGACACCGCCGGCACCGUCGCCACCAGUUAGCCCGGCAAGUCCACAACCCAGGCGAAAACAAGCACGUCCACGACGCCGCUCAGGAGAGUCGGAUACUCCAGAAAAUUUGUCUAUGCGACGUUCCCCGAGUGGAGGGUUAAAGUCAGUGCGAUUGUCGAGACCGCGCUCACCCCCAAAACAAGAGCAAGAAGAACCAGAAGCGGAGGUCCCGCCGCCACCACGAAUGUUCCCGCCACAUCAAGACAUGUUCCCACCAGUACCUCCGGCUGUCUCCGCGUUAUCACUGACGCCGCCACACAUUUCGCGUAUGUGUCGAGAGCUUGAUUGCGCCAUAAUAGACGUAGGUUGUAAUGAAGGGUUGCACGCACAAGACUCGCUGAGUCUCGCCCGCACCGACGUGCAUGGGGAUACUAAUCACGAGGGGAGUUCAAAUGUUUCCGCACUUGUCAUUCUAUUUCGAAAAUCAAAUUUUAAAUUGCCCUAA